AUGCAUCAGCAAUCUCGCCAUCCCCCGAGGGUCUCGUCCCCCGCAUCCUCGCCCCAGACAAACCCCACACGGACGAACAACCCCAGGGAUCGAGUCCGCGCCGACUCGGACACAGCGGGGACGGAUGAUAGGCCAGAGAGCACCGAGAGCUAUAGCUCAAUACCGAGCAGGGACUCGAUCAAGAAGCUGGACCAGAUCAUCCAGAACUUCUACACCAAAGCGGCCGUGGUCAUUGUAUCGUCGCGAAUCGACACAACGCCCGUCGGAGGAAGAAGGCCAGCCGAGGCGAAACCGAACCUUUGGGUAAGCAGGAGUCCAGGCGGAAGGGUAACGGCGCAGGAGGUGCUGACAAUAUCCCAGUUCUCGCUCGAAACCAGCGAGAUCGAAGACUUCCGAGACGAACUCCGUGUAUACAAGCAGUCUGGUAGCUUCGAAAACCGCCCUCCGCCCAUGAUCAUCGAGACCUACAUCGACGCCUCCCGGUUAUCGAGCAACCAAAGCCUAGUUGUCAUUGACGAGCAUGGAAAGAGGUGGGAUGUGUUGGAGGCGUUGAACUUGUCAGAGACGUCCGACGAUAGCCCUAGACAACGCCAUGCUCGGAAGCGUAAUACCGAGGUUAUCCUAGAGCGGUGGAGGCUUGAGCUCAAAUGCCCGCAGGAUGCCGUAACAGACGAGUUCGGUCCCACUCUGCCGACCGUUUACAAGAGAAGCAUCGUCUUUUUCAGAUCGCUAUUCAUAAUGUCGCGCAUCUUGCCCUGCUGGAAGAAUUUCCCCUCAGCGGUAACAAAAGGGAUCCACCCAGCGCUGGAGGUCAAAUGCAGAAUCCUGAGCGCCGAGCCCGAGUAUACCACUUAUGACCCCUUGCGACAGCCCCUUCACGACGGGAAAGAUGCCGUUACAGAAUACGUUUUCUCAGACAUGGAGGUACCUGUAGGGCGCUUCUACGCCUCAGUAACCUACCGGAAUGACUUCAACUUCCGGGUCGACGACGCUGAGUCGCUGCUCAGCUCCCAGCUCAUGGGAGUCGACGAGAACUAUUUCCGGCCGUCGUUACCGCAAAGGAGAGGGCAUGGAAGAUCCGACUCAUAUGCAGAGCCAGGCUCGUUGCCAGCGCAUCGACAGGACCGCGGACCUCAAGGCCCGCAGCAAACGUACGGCAGUUUGUCAACCUUUCACGGAGCAGGGGCUUUGGGGACCAGCCCGAUCACCGCACUGAGGUCCGUCCGCCCUAUCGGCUCCGACACCAGCUCCCCCUCUGGGUCAAUAUCGGGGAGCAUCGAACAGCCGGACCCGCCACAUUCAUUACCCAUCCGUGGCACCCCGGCCCGUCCCAUGUCGCGACCCUACGAUGGGAGCGGCCGUCGGCCGUCGGUGUCCUUCCAGCCGUUCAAGGCCGGCUCGCUAUCCGGGUCCCCGCGAAUCGCGGAUUUAGACGCCCCUUCGUCGCCUCAUUCGCUGAAUCGGCCGACUCUUGCCGGGCCGUCGCGCACCGGAAACCGCUCGUCGCUCACCAUGGGGUCGGCGGCUUCAUUACGCGGCGCCCCUACCGCACCUCAAGAAGUGCCCUCGGCCUCGGGAUCGCCGAGGCCCACCGGCCGCUACAGCAGCAGCUUCACGCAUCGCCGGAAUAGGCCAUCUUUCGGCGGACAGAGCAAGGCUGACGACGACCAAGCUAGCAGCGGGAAGCAAAGCCUUUCUUCCUCUGUCCAGCCAGGUUCAGGUCUUCUCACCGAGGCCGGCGCGGUCACGAGUUCGGGAUCCUUCGCCGAUGAUGACAACAUCUCAGAUUUUUUGAAAGCCCUCGACAGCCGGAAAACGCUGAAGAGCUUCGAGCCGAACAAGAAGGGCGAGUCUCUGGCCUCCAAGCGCACCGCCGCCCAGCUUUCCAAGUUCCAACAGAUGCGCGAGACCAACAACGUCCUCACGGAUUCUAUGACGUCUUCGAUCCAUCUACAACGCUCAUCGAGCUCCUCAAGCCGGCAACUAACCAACGUCCCCAGCAUGGUCAACCCCGCGUCCAUGUCCGUUUCAUCUUCCCCCGGCAAACCCCUCUCCCCUCAUACACCGCACACUCCGGCCAUUCCCUCCCGGCUUAGCGAGAACUCGAUUAUCGAUUACCAGCCUCAAAAUCAACCGCGUCAGGGGAGGAACAACCCGGACACCAACACCCCCGGCGAAGGGAGCGAGCCCGUCGAAGAUGACGACGAGACACCUAUGGUCACACAACAGGACGGCAACAACCCGACGAACCACUCGUCAACCACCACCACCACCACCACCACUGGCACAACUGCCAUCGACAUCCCCCUUUCCCCGCGCUUACUCCACCACGGCGGCAGCGCCGCCAUCCGCCGCCCCGGCUCGGUCGCGCACCAGCAACACCAGCACCAGCACCAGCACCAGCAACAGCCACAACAAGGACACCGUUCCGUCGAAGGCGGCGGCGUGUCGGCCGACGUGCCCACCCUCAGCGCCCUCCUCGCCUUCCAGCAGCACGACAGCGCCCACGCCUCCGGGUCCCGAGUCGUCCAUCCCCGCCUCGUCCUCCCUCCGCCGACGCCGGAUGGCGGCCGCACCCUUUGA